GCAGUGAGACAGAGACAGAGGAAAGGAAGGAGAAUCUGGCUAACUCUGGAAGCAAGAGUCGUGGGGGAUAUUCGCUGCCGUUGUUUUACUGGAGUUAUCAGUUUUACAGAGAGAGAGAGGGGAAGGAGCAACUCCCGGGAGCUGGGAUCUCGCCAUUACUGACAGCGCACGGGAUUUCUUCAGGACUGUGACCCAGUGGAUCGGGUGAUCUUGCUGAGCGGAGUGUUGGGGUGGGAAGUGGAGAGAGAGAGAGAGAGUCUGCAGCCAGGGCUGCGGGAGGGUGCCGGAGCCCCACCGAGAGCUGGAUCUCCUUCUCACCUUGUGGAUUGUACACUUUCCGACAAAAUGCUGAGCGCUGGUGGCAUCUACGCCGUGAAAAAGAGGAAGAAACCCGUGCAAAAAAGCCCCAAACCACCACCUGCCGAUGGCGUCAAAUCUAAUCCGUCCAAAAGGCACCGGGAUCGGUUGAACUGUGAACUGGACAAGCUGACCAGCCUGCUACCCUUCAGUGAGGAUGUUCGUGCUCGCCUGGACAAACUCUCCGUGCUCCGCCUGAGUGUCGGCUACCUGAAAGCAAAGAGCUUCUUCAACGCCAGCAUGAAGAGGAGCAAGGCCAGCUGGUUGAUGGAUAAGCCAGCACAUUUCCAAGGAAAUGGACCGCAAAAUGGUCAGCCGAUCAUCUCCGAGGGAGAUCUAUUGCUCGAGGCUCUGAAUGGAUUUAUUCUGGUCAUCACUGCUGAAGGCUAUGUCUUCUACGCGUCUCCCACCAUCCAGGACUAUCUUGGCUUUCACCAGUCGGAUGUGGUACACCAAAGUGUCUUUGAGUUGAUCCACACAGACGACCGGGCAAUGUUCCGUCAGCAACUACACUGGGCUCUGAAUCCACCUGCCUGUCAGGAAUCUGACCUUCGAGCAGAUGGUGUUGCUGAGAACGGUGGCCUUUGCUCCAGGGUCAUGACCUUUGAUUUGGCGCCUGAGAAUUCCUCUUUCAUGGAGAGGAACUUUAUCUGUCGGUUCCGUUGCCUGUUGGACAACUCCUCUGGCUUUCUGACGCUGAACUUUCAGGGGCGUUUGAAGUUCCUACAUGGACAAAAUAAGAAAGCGGAGGACGGUACUCCCAUCCCCUCUCAGCUGGCUCUGUUUGCCAUGGCAACCCCUCUCCAGCCCCCGUCCAUCCUGGAGGUGCGGGCCAAGACGCUCAUAUUCCAGACUAAACACAGGUUGGACUUCACGCCAAUGGCAUGCGACACAAAGGGCAAGUUUGUGUUGGGUUACACGGAGACUGAGCUGUGCAUGCGAGGCACAGGUUACCAGUUCAUCCAUGCUGCCGAUAUGAUGUACUGUGCGGAUAAUCAUCUGAGAAUGAUUAAAACUGGAGAGAGUGGAAUGACAGUGUUCAGAUUGCUGACCAAACAGAACAGUUGGGUUUGGGUCCAGGCCAGUGCCCGGCUGGUCUAUAAAGGUGGAAAGCCUGACUCCAUCAUUUGCAAACAGAGGCCCUUAACGAAUGAAGAAGGUGAGGAACAUCUCCGGAAAAGGUCCAUGGAGAUAUCAUUCAACUUUGCUACAGGAGAGGCAGUUCUGUACAAUAACAAUCCGUUGUUUUUGGAGCAUCUUGGUUCAUUUGAAGUUAAAGGAAAAGGUGCGAAGGUCAAGAAGAGUUCUGUAGGAGCAAACGGAACUGACCCAAUAAACGGAAUCAACCCCAGUUCACUUCUGGGUGCCAGGAUGAUUCAGGAUCCGUCUGCUUAUACCUCGUUUAAUGAAGUAGAGUUUAACCUUGACGAUAUCUUUGCAAAUGACUUUUCUGUUUUAAAUGUGCCAGGGGAUUUCUGGCAGCAAAACAAUAAUGGCAAAAACUCGACCAAACAGGAGGAGAUGGACCUUGACCAGGAUGACCCGCUCUCAACCAUCAUGGAUAUUCUCUCACAAAAGACUGUGGAUGAAAAUGACCUCUGUGACACUCUGGAAAACCUGGAUGUGGAGAACACAGAGUUGGAGCAGUGGGAGGAGACCUUAAUGAAAAUGGACAAUACGUCGAUCCCAGAAGAUUUCAGUGAUAUCCUCACCACAGAUUUUAUAUUGUCGUGUGUUGAGAACAUGCUGACAAAAAACAACCCGAAAGGUAACAAGGUCCCACAGGAGACCUUAGACACCACAGUAGGAAGCUUAAUGGGGCCGAGUCAACAAAACCCAUUUGGACCCGUACCACAAAAGCCACUUGGUUUUGACAGCCAGAACCCAGCAAUGCCUGGCUUUCAAAAUGUAACAGCGGCAGCUCACCAGUCCGCUGGACCCCAAACCCCAUCUCUGCUUGGUCCCCAGAACCCAAUCAUUUCUGGGCCACAGAACAUGAUGCCAUUUGGACUCCAGAGCGCACACCUGCCUGGAGCGCAGAACGAAAUGCAUGCUGGAAUUCCCGACCCGAUGGAAUCGUCCUUGCAGAAUCCCCUCCCAAUGAGCUUGUGUCAUCCUCCUAACCAGCGGAGUCUCGUUUUGUGCAGCCCUCCAAAUCAGUGCAGAACUACCCUGGCAAAGAUGAGCUGUGCAGAGCAGGCCAAUGUGCAGCAUGCGAACAUGGGGAAGAUGUCACCACAAGGGAACUUGCAGCAGAGCAUGCUACAAAAACCCCAGUACUCCGGAUUAAAUGGCCAGCUGAAAGUGCAGCCUUUAAAUGCUCCACAGCAGCAGCAGCCAUUAAUGCAGUGGCAGGCGCAAAUGCAGAAUGGACAGCAAGAUCCCAUGCAGUCAUACCGAGUGCAAGAUUGCUUCCACCAUCAAAUACCGCAGCCAUUUUGUGGAUUGACACAGACCUCACCAGAAAGGGUCUCUGCAGCUUGUUAUCUGGACCAAAACAGCAGCGAACAGCUUCCAUACAGCUGCGGUGUAGCAGACAAGCAAAGGACCACAGUAAAUCAGUUUCCGAUGGGGCUGCCUCCCAGCAUCAACAGCAGCUGUAUGUUUGCAUCCUGUGAAUAUGAAGGCCGUGCUCCUCUUGCGAGAGCUGAGCUGCUGUUUCCAGAUAGCAGUUCCCUCGCUCCUCUGCCUCCCUACAGUAAAAUGGAAGCAGCUCUGAGUCACAGCCCCUUACAGGCUACCUGUUACUACGAGAAGGACUCUCUUCAUUCUGUUAUAGGCUCCUCAGCUGUCCCCAGUGGAGAACUGAACAUUUACCAGUCGUCAUGUCAAUUCGAGCCAACUUUCUCAGCGUUACCGCUCGCUGAGAAUUCUGUCUGUCAAAUUUCGACGGGUCAGGCACCUUGGAAUUGAAGCAAUUAAUUUAAGGGAGAAGCUUUGGAAUUGAGGAAGUGGAACACCGAGCAUGUCUCCUUUGUUUGCCGAGAGCAUUGGGCUAGCAACUUCUUGUGAAUUAUUUGAAUCAAAGAAGGCUGAUCCCAGUGGUGCACAAUCCUUUGACAGUGUUUGGUGUAAAGUGCUGAAGUCCUGAGACAGACAAGUGUAUGCCUAACGCGCAUUGUAAACCAGUGCUUUCAUAUCUCGAGUACCAUCACAUCGCCACCUCCUGCAGAUCUUUGGUGAUCGAUUUUUCUAUUGCUGUGUACAAAAUAUUAACUUCUUUAUAUUUUUGUAUAAAAAUGUAGUGUGCUUUUUAUUGCGUUGAUAUUGCUGGUAUAAUCGAGCCAAUUUCUCUUUGAGGAGAUCAGAGUUUGAAAGCACACUCCGCACCGUAGUUCCUGCUCUGUGCGUUUGUGAGCCUUAUAAUGAAGGAAGAUAUUUCCCAAGAGCGGCCUUCUACUGAGGAUUUUAUUUUUAACCGAUUGCAAAGUAUUCAUUGAAAAAAAAGAGGCAUUCACCACAGAGCAUGAGCACCCAGAGACCAAGGUGCUGGUGCCAGGUAGAAUUAAACCUACAAUGUGUUUUCAAAGCAACAGGAGUGGUGCAUUGGACAGGUGACUCACUUGGUGUUAUGCUCUGAAACUUCUGAAGUUGGGACAUGUUUUCCUUUUAAAAGAUUUUUAAAAAAAACAUUUCAACUUUUUAAGCUAUUUACGUAUUAAAUAAAUACAUUUUAAAAAAGAGGUAUGUGUAUAACACAGUAUAUGAAAAAUGUGUGUUUUGAUAUUAAAAUGUCACAAUGCAGAACCUAUUUGUUAUUCUGACCAGCUGCACCACUCUCAUACCUUUUGCAGCUCUUCUGUAUAAUGUACUUUAACCACUUGAUAUAUUGCUGCCUUUCAUUUAUAUGUAAUGUAGUUUUAUAAAUGUCUAAACACAUUUGGUUGUUGAAAAAAUUGUAUCUUUUUGCUUCAAAUUACAAAUACAUCUGUGACCCUUCCUCCCCCCCCAUUAUUAAAGCCUUUUCUCUUUUUAAA